CAGAAGCUGUCUUGGACCUUGCAUUUCUUGCUGAUCAAAGGGAAUUUAUAUAGCUCUCUCCUGCUUCCUUUGUUAUUCACUUCAGCUCAGGAGAGUCAGCUCGGACUCUCUCUCCUCUCUCUCUCUCUCUCUAGAAUUCAAUAUUUCCAAAGAUCCAGAUUUCCUGGAAACUGCGUAAAAGGUUGAAAACUUUCAUGUGUUCUUCCCAUAUCUGACAACCCAGUAAAUCUUCAGCUUAAAGAUUCAUUGGCGUUUGGUUUCCUGUUCCUCCGGGGGAAUCGGAUUCCCGAGCAAUGGCUCCGAGCUCCGUCGUGGUCACAAUCGAAAAGCCCGAAAAUCCGUCACUAAAGCACAAUCUACUGGAUUCCUCAGCCUUUCUGGAGAAACAAAAAGCCGUGAGCACCAAGCAAUUCACAUGGGUUCUUCUCCUCAAGGUGAACAGAGUAUUCGCCUGCCUCUCAUGGCUGCCGAUGGCGUUGAAGGCAACGUUCCUUUCGCUUAAAAAGCGCAUUGCUUUAUCUGACUUGACCGACGAAGAGCCCAAAACCCGAGGAAGGCUGUACAGAUUCAUCAAAGCCUUCCUCGGGUUGUCGAUUGUGGCUCUCGUCUUCGAAAUGAUUGCGCAUUACAAGAACUGGAAUUUGAGUUUGUACCAGCCGUGGGAGGCGCAGGGUCUGGUGCAGUGGUGCUACAUGGUUUGGUUGACUUUCAGAGUUGACUAUAUUUCCCCGGUGGCCAUCGCCAUGUCCAACUUCUGCGUUGUGCUUUUUCUGAUUCAAUCUUUUGAUCGAUUGGUUCUGUGUGUCGGAUGCUUCUGGAUCAAGUACAAGAAGAUAAAGCCAACAAUUGCAGAAGAUGCUUUUGACCUUGAAGAUCCUUCUAGUUUUCCAAUGGUGCUUAUUCAGAUCCCUAUGUGCAAUGAGAGAGAGGUGUAUGAGCAAGCAAUUGCAUCUUCAUGCCAGAUGGAUUGGCCAAGAGACAGACUUUUGAUUCAGGUCCUAGAUGACUCGGAUGACAUAAUUUUACAGAAUUUGAUCAAAGACGAAGUCUCGUCGUGGCAUCAGAAAGGUGUGAAUAUAAUCUACAGACAUCGAUUGAUCAGAACCGGCUAUAAAGCCGGCAACCUUAAAUCCGCCAUGGGUUGUGAUUAUGUCAAAGACUAUGAGUUUGUGGCAAUUUUCGAUGCUGAUUUCACUCCCAAUUCUGAUUACCUUAAGCGGACAGUUCCUCACUUCAAGGGAAAUCCGGAACUAGGACUUGUCCAAGCUCGAUGGUCUUUUGUGAACAAGGACGAGAACUUACUCACGAGGCUCCAAAACAUCAAUUUGUGCUUCCAUUUUGAAGUGGAACAGCAAGUGAAUGGUGUCUUUCUCAAUUUCUUCGGAUUCAAUGGAACCGCGGGAGUUUGGAGGAUUAAGGCUUUGGAAGAAUCAGGAGGUUGGCUGGAGAGAACAACAGUUGAGGACAUGGACAUUGCAGUUCGUGCACAUUUGAACGGAUGGAAAAUGAUCUUCCUCAAUGAUGUAAGAGUCCUCUGUGAAUUGCCAGAGUCUUAUGAAACUUACAAGAAGCAGCAGCACCGUUGGCAUUCGGGUCCAAUGCAGCUCUUCAGGUUGUGUCUUCCUGCUAUCUUGACUUCCAAGAUUUCGAUGUGGAAGAAGUCGAACUUGAUAUUUCUUUUCUUUCUGUUGAGGAAGCUAAUUCUUCCCUUCUACUCAUUCACAUUGUUUUGUAUCAUACUCCCACUCACCAUGUUCUUACCUGAGGCAGAACUGCCUCUUUGGGUAAUCUGCUACAUUCCGAUUUUCAUGUCCUUUCUAAAUAUCCUCCCGUCCCCGAAAUCAUUCCCUUUCUUGGUCCCCUACCUUCUUUUCGAGAACACAAUGUCUGUCACAAAGUUCAACGCCAUGGUCUCAGGGCUAUUCCAGCUCGGAAGUUCCUACGAGUGGGUGGUGACAAAGAAGACCGGAAGAUCAUCUGAGUCGGAUUUGCUAGCCUAUUCCGAGAGGGAAUCGCUGUCUGCGAAUGAAGAGAAGAUCCUGAGGAGGAACUCCGAGUCGGGUCUAGAAUUACUAAGCAAACUCAAGGAACAAGAAGAAGUAGUUCCCAAGAAAAAGAAGAAGAAUGGGAUCUACAGGAAAGAGCUUGCUCUUGCUUUCUUGCUGCUCACUGCAGCAGCCAGAAGCUUCUUAUCUGCUCAUGGAGUUCACUUCUACUUCUUGCUUUUCCAAGGCUUGUCAUUUCUUGCUGUAGGGUUGGACUUAAUAGGUGAGCAGAUGGGCUAAAACAAGCUAAACAAAGUUCAUAUUUUUUUCCCAUAGUUUUUUCUUUUGACAGCUUUGAUGAACCCUAAUUACGAUCAAGAAGUUACUGUGUGGGACGGUAUCACCACAUCAAAUGGGGUUCAAAAGUUGAAUUCAUUUUUUCAUGUAGAAAUAUUUUCCCUUUUGUUAGAUAGUAUAAGAAAUAAAUUAUUGUACAAUGGUAUAUGUCAUCAGUGUAUGAAGUAUUGAUAAUAAAGUAUAAACAACUCAGUUAUUUUUUCA